GUCCGGCGUGUGGAGACGAGCGGCGUGGACGAGUGAGUGGGUGAGGAGCGAUGGCCGGUAACGUGGAGGAGAUGGUGGCGGAGGCGGAGGCGGACAGGGACAGGGACAGACUCAUCUGCAGGUCAGACAGCGGCAGUGGUGAGGAUUCCUUGGAUAGCUUGUAUUCCAGACUACCAUUAACACCAUCUCUCUCUCCACGGAAAAGAACAACCAGCCAAAGUAGGUCUGAGCCACCCCUUCUGAGGACCAGCAAACGCACAAUCUACACUGCAGGGCGACCUCCCUGGUACAAUGAGUCAGGAACACCAUUUAAAGAAGCCUUUGUCAUUGGUCUGUGUGGAGGAAGUGCCUCUGGCAAAACCACUGUGGCUAACAAGAUCAUUGAGGCUUUGGAUGUUCCCUGGGUGGUGCUUCUCUCCAUGGAUUCCUUCUAUAAGGUCUUAAACAAGGAGGAACAAGAACUAGCUGCCAAAAAUGAAUACAACUUCGACCACCCAGAUGGAUUUGAUUUUGAUCUCCUUAUACAUACAUUGAGGAAGCUGAAAAAAGGAAAAAGUGUAAAAGUUCCAGUUUAUGACUUCAAUUCACAUAGUCGGAGGAAAGAUUGGAAAACUGUCUAUGGAGCAAAUGUUGUGAUCUUUGAAGGAAUUCUUGCCUUUGCCAACAAGGAACUUCUAAAGCUUUUGGAUAUGAAGGUUUUUGUGGAUACUGACUCUGACAUCAGACUUGUUCGCCGCUUAAAGAGAGAUAUAUCUGAGAGAGGUCGGGACAUUGGAGGUGUCAUCAAACUGUACAACAAAUUUGUCAAACCUGCAUUUGAACAGUACAUAGAGCCUACUGUCCAGCUGGCAGACAUAGUAGUUCCGAGAGGUGGAGAAAAUUUUGUUGCACUGGACCUGAUUGUCCAGCAUGUACACAGUCAGCUGGAAAAGAGGAAACUUCGCUGGGAUAUAGCAGCACUGGCAUCUGCCCAUCAAGGACAACCUCUACCAGACAAGCUUAGUGUGCUUGAGAGUACUCCACAGGUUAGAGGGAUGCACACCAUUAUCAGGAAUAAGGAUACAAGUCGAGAUGAAUUUAUCUUUUACUCAAAAAGAUUAAUGAGGCUGCUGAUUGAGCAUGCUCUCUCCUUCCUACCACUCAAGCCUGUUACAGUGGAAACGCCUCAGGGAGAACUAUAUGAAGGAAAACGAUUUGGUGGGAAAAGGAUAACUGGAGUCUCUAUUCUUCGCGCUGGUGAAACAAUGGAGCAAGCACUGACAGCAGUGUGUAAGGAUAUCAGACUAGGGAAGAUUCUCAUUCAAACAAACCAUGAUACAGGAGAACCUGAGCUCCAUUAUCUUCGGUUACCAAAGGAUAUCAGUGAGGAUUAUGUAAUACUCAUGGACAGUACAGUAUCAACAGGAGCUGCUGCUAUGAUGGCAGUUCGAGUCCUUUUGGAUCAUGAUGUACAAGAGGAUAAAAUCUUUCUGAUCUCGCUGCUAAUGGCUGAGAUGGGUGUGCAUUCUGUUGCUUAUGCUUUUCCUAAGGUCAAUAUCAUCACAACAGCAGUGGACAAGAAAGUAAAUGAUGAAUUCCAUAUAAUUCCAGGAAUAGGUAACUUUGGAGAUCGAUAUUUUGGCACCGAUGCACCGUCUGAUUGGUAUGAGAGUGACGAGGGAAUGGACUGCUGAGUAUCAUUCUCAUUACCUGAGGGACAUGACAGCAAUCUGGACAAAGCUAUAAAGACUGCAGUUAUCCCUGGAUGUAUUUUGACCAUAUGUUGAGGACAAUAUCAAAAUGAGUUCUUGAUCCAAAUUUGGAUCAAUUCAUAUGUACUUUGGAUUUUUCCAAAUGUUACUGUUUGUUAUAAAUUCAGGCAUUGAAUGCUCCAUAAAGGGAACUAUGUAUUUAUUAAAGUAAUAUUCAGAAUACCUGAACUAUUUCCCAAUUUCAUCUGAAUACAAUGCCUAGGAUUCGUUUUCUGUGCUAUAUACAGAACUGACCUCUUUGAGCAACUAAGUAGUUUGAAGCAUAACUUGUUUAGUUUUAAAAAUCUGGGAAAAUCAAGAUAUUUCUGGAAGUUAUUGUGUUUUAUUUUCAAAAUGAGAAGGCGAAUACAUUUAUUUGUAUCACUCAGGACUGAUGAAUGCCUAAAAAGUAAUUUAUUGGACCAUCAUGUCAUAGCUGUUCAUAUAUGGGACAUUCAAAUGACAAACCAAAUGCCAAUGAUCUUAACCGUGGGUAAUAUUGUGAUUUUACCCGAUUCAUCCUCAACGUUGAUUAUCCCAAACUGUAUUAGCAAUCUUCAAUCGAACAAAACUCCACCUUCAUUUCACCUUAUUUCAGGUACCUCUCAGGAUCUAUAGCGACUUCCCUCAACAUUUCCCUUGGUAACCUCUAAAUGAUCUGACUUUAUAGAAGUUCUGUAUCACUGAUCUGGAAAAAGGGAUUUUGUUAUUAAACUGUCCAAAGACACUUCUCAUGCUGGGGGAAAAAAAGUUUUCAAAGGGAAAAUAAGGUUUUUAAUUAGGCAUGAGGAUGAUUCUGAAUGCACUAAUCAAUUACACACAAUUGUGUAGUUUCCCCCAUCACUUGUCUUCUAAUUGUAUUACAGUGAACACUCAAAAGUACCUGCCAUCAUUGCUGAAAGUAACUUCAUCUGAAAUGUUCAGAUUGCCAUGUUGCAAUCGUAUAUCAAGAAUAGAAAGUAUUUAUUGGGAGAUGCAAAGCGAAGCUAUACUCACUUCCCAUUGUGGAGUGUCGGACUAAAUAAAAUGAGUAGGUGAAACCCAUUUUCUCUCUGGUGGUUACAGUGAAAAGCAUAAAUUAACUUUGACAGGUUAAUAUAAAGUUGUAGACAAAUGUCAUGGGACACUGCAAUGAUGCAUAAUACAGGACUCUUCAGAGGUUUAGUCCUUCAAAAUUCUGCAGGAUGUUAAGUUGUACAAUAUGUGUAUGCAGCUUAUGCUUAAUAAAUUGUGAUUGAAAUUUGUAGAGCCAGGCCUCUAAUGUCUUGUUUUUUUAAAAAAUAAAAAUCUGUUAUUUAAAAGA